AUGUCGGGCUACCCAGCUGGCGGUGGAGGUGGUGGUGGUCAUCAGGACUACCAUGACGGCUACGGCCAAAACACCGACUCGUACUACCAGGACGAGCACAACAGCCAGUACUACGACAACAACGCAGCGGGAGCCACUCACCAUGGCUACGAUGCUGCGAAUGGCCAUCAAAAUGAAGGAUACUAUGAUGAAUCUGGCUACUACAAUGCCGACGCCAACAACCCUUACCACCAAGACGGCGGCUACUACGAAGGCCACGAUCAGUACCAGAACGGCGGGGAAUACUACGACGAUGGCAAUGGCUACUACGAUCAGGGCGGUCACAAUGCCAAUCACCGCCCUCGUGGCGAUUCCGAGGAGGACUCUGAAACUUUCAGCGACUUCACCAUGAGGUCCGACAUGGCACGAGCCGCCGACAUGGACUAUUACGGUCGCGGUGACGAGCAGUACAACAGCUACCACGAGGGUGGCAGAGGGUACCGACCCCCCUCCUCUCAGAUCUCGUAUGGUGCGAACCGUUCAUCGGGCGCUUCCACCCCCAACUACGGGAUGGACUACGGCAAUGUUCUUCCUAGUGGCCAGAGAUCCCGUGAGCCCUAUCCCGCCUGGACGUCGGACGCACAGAUUCCUCUGUCCAAGGAGGAGGUCGAGGACAUCUUCCUCGAGCUGGCCAACAAAUUCGGCUUCCAGCGCGACAGCAUGCGGAACAUGUACGACCACAUCAUGACGCUGCUCGAUUCGAGAGCUUCCCGAAUGACACCGAAUCAGGCUCUGCUGUCGCUGCACGCUGACUACAUCGGUGGCGAGAACGCCAACUACCGAAAGUGGUACUUCGCUGCGCACCUCGACUUGGACGAUGCUGUUGGUUUCGCCAACAUGGGCAAGAAGGCACGCAAACAAAAGAAGAAGGGCAAGAAGCCGAAGAAGGGCGAGCAGCCAGAGGAUCAGGUUCUCGAAGAUCUCGAAGGCGAUGAUAGUCUCGAGGCUGCCGAGUACCGCUGGAAAACCCGCAUGAACCGCAUGUCCCAACAUGAUCGCGUGCGCCAGAUCGCCCUCUACCUUAUGUGCUGGGGUGAGGCAAACCAGGUCCGUUUCAUGCCUGAGUGUCUGUGCUUCAUCUUCAAAUGCGCCGACGACUACCUCAACUCUCCUGCCUGUCAGAACUUGGUUGAGCCUGUUGAAGAGGGCACUUUCCUCAACAACGUGAUCACUCCGCUCUACCAGUAUUGCAGAGACCAAGGUUACGAGAUUUUCAAUGGGGUUUAUGUGCGCAGGGAGCGUGACCAUAAUAAGAUCAUCGGUUACGACGAUUGCAACCAGCUGUUCUGGUACCCUGAGGGUAUUGAGCGCAUCGUUAUGGACGACAAGACUAAACUAGUCGACGUGCCACCCCAAGAGCGGUACCUGAAGCUGAAGGACGUCAACUGGAAGAAGUGUUUCUUCAAGACGUACAAGGAGACUCGGUCAUGGUUCCACUUGCUUGUUAACUUCAACCGCAUCUGGGUCAUCCACCUGACCAUGUUCUGGUUCUAUACUUCAUACAACGCUCCAACCCUCUUGGUAGGAAGUAGCUACGAACAGCAGGUCAACCAGCAACCUAACGAAGCGGCCAUGUGGUCCAUUGUCGGUGCUGGUGGCGCUCUCGCAUCGUUGAUCCAGAUUCUGGCUACUUGUGCGGAAUGGGCAUACGUUCCUCGCCGAUGGGCUGGCGCUCAGCAUCUCAGCAAGCGUCUCGUCUUCGUCAUCUUCAUGUUCAUCCUUAACCUUGCUCCUAGCGUCUACAUCUUCGGCUUCCCAGCACAACAGAAAGAAACACCCGCGAAAGUUCUUGGCAUUGUCCAGUUCUUCAUCGCAGUGUUUACCUUUAUAUUCUUCUCCGUCAUGCCUCUUGGCGGCCUCUUCGGAAGCUAUCUUACCAAGAACUCUCGUCAAUAUGUUGCCAGUCAGACCUUCACCGCCAGCUUCCCCAAGUUGAAGGGCAACGACAGGGCCAUGUCCUACUUCCUCUGGGUAGUGGUCUUUGGCGCCAAGUUCGGAGAGUCGUACCAAUACCUGGCCCUAUCAUUCAGGGAUGCCAUGCGCUACGUCUCGAUCAUGGAUGUGUCGUCGUGUCUGGGUGACGACCUGCUAGGAAGCAGUGCCGGCAUCUUGUGCAGUAAGCAGCCGCUCAUCUUGCUCAUCCUGAUGACCAUUACCGACUUGCUGUUCUUCUUCCUCGACACCUUCCUAUGGUACGUCCUGACGAACGCGGCUUUCUCCAUUGCGAGAUCAUUCUAUCUUGGAACUUCCAUCUGGACUCCUUGGAGAAACAUCUUCUCUCGUAUGCCAAAGCGAAUCUACUCCAAGGUCCUGGCUACCACCGACAUGGAGAUCAAGUAUAAGCCCAAGGUCUUGGUGUCGCAGAUCUGGAAUGCCGUCGUCAUCUCCAUGUAUCGAGAGCAUCUACUGGCAAUUGACCACGUUCAGAAGCUACUUUAUCACCAGGUCCCUUCGGAGCAGGAAGGGAAGCGCACACUUCGAGCUCCAACAUUCUUCGUCUCGCAGGAGGAUCACUCCUUCAAGACCGAAUUCUUCCCCACGCACAGUGAGGCCGAGCGUCGCAUUUCCUUCUUUGCGCAGUCGCUAUCAACGCCGAUCCCCGAGCCACUCCCAGUUGACAACAUGCCCACCUUUAGCGUCUUGAUCCCUCACUACAGUGAGAAGAUUCUUCUGUCUCUGCGCGAGAUCAUUCGUGAGGAUGAGCCCUACUCCCGUGUUACUAUGCUCGAAUACCUGAAGCAGCUCCACCCUCACGAAUGGGAUUGCUUCGUCAAGGACACCAAGAUUCUCGCCGAUGAGACAUCCCAGUUCAACGGAGAUUCUGAGAAGAACGACAAGGACACUGCCAAGAGCAAGAUUGAUGAUCUGCCCUUCUAUUGUAUUGGUUUCAAGUCAUCCGCCCCUGAGUACACUCUGCGAACCCGAAUCUGGGCCUCACUCCGCUCCCAAACCCUCUACCGCACCAUCUCCGGCUUCAUGAACUACAGCCGCGCCAUCAAGCUGCUCUACCGUGUCGAGAACCCCGAAGUCGUCCAGAUGUUCGGUGGUAAUUCUGACAAGCUGGAGCGCGAACUAGAGAGGAUGGCCCGCCGUAAGUUCAAGAUCAUUGUCUCCAUGCAACGGUAUGCCAAGUUCAAGAAGGAAGAAAUGGAGAACACCGAGUUCCUGCUCAGGGCGUACCCUGAUCUGCAGAUCGCCUAUCUCGACGAGGAACCCCCUGUCGCGGAAGGCGAAGAGCCCCGUAUCUACUCUGCCCUGAUUGACGGCCACUCUGAGAUCAUGGAGAACGGCAUGCGCAAGCCCAAGUUCAGAAUCCAGCUCUCAGGCAACCCGAUUCUAGGUGACGGCAAGUCUGACAAUCAGAACCACUGCAUUAUCUUCUACCGCGGAGAAUACAUCCAGCUCAUCGACGCCAACCAGGACAACUAUCUUGAGGAAUGCUUGAAGAUCCGGUCGGUCCUGGCUGAGUUCGAAGAGAUGAAGACCGACAACGUGUCUCCGUACACCCCGGGCGUCAAGACCGAGACUACGUCUCCUGUCGCUAUUCUGGGUGCUCGCGAGUACAUUUUCUCCGAGAACAUCGGUAUUCUCGGUGAUGUUGCGGCUGGUAAGGAACAGACAUUCGGUACGCUCUUUGCAAGAACCCUGGCUCAGAUCGGUGGUAAACUGCACUAUGGUCACCCCGAUUUCCUCAACGGUAUCUUCAUGACUACUCGAGGUGGUGUUUCCAAGGCACAGAAGGGUCUGCACCUGAACGAGGAUAUUUACGCCGGUAUGACUGCCAUCCUCCGUGGCGGCCGCAUCAAGCACUGCGAAUACUACCAAUGUGGUAAGGGUCGUGAUCUUGGUUUCGGCUCUAUUUUGAACUUCACAACGAAGAUUGGUACCGGUAUGGGAGAGCAGAUGCUGUCCCGAGAGUACUACUACCUUGGGACGCAACUACCGCUCGACCGCUUCCUGUCCUUUUACUACGCUCACCCUGGUUUCCACGUCCAGAACAUGUUCAUCAUCCUUUCCGUCCAGUUACUCAUGGUUGUCAUGAUCAACAUUGGUGCGCUGAGAAACCAGACCAUCUCCUGCGAUUACAACAAGAACGUUCCCAUUACGGAUCCUUUGUACCCCACCGGCUGCCAGAACACAGAUGCCCUUAUGGAUUGGAUCUACCGCAGCACUAUCUCCAUUCUGAUUGUGUUUUUCCUGGCCUUCAUUCCCCUGGCUGUCCAGGAGCUCACCGAGCGUGGCUUCUUGCGUGCCGCAACCCGGUUUGGCAAGCAGUUCUGUUCCUUCUCGCCCCUGUUCGAGGUGUUCGUCACCCAGAUCUAUGCCAAUGCGGUCACCCAGGACAUCACGUUUGGUGGUGCUCGCUACAUUGGUACCGGUCGUGGUUUCGCUACUGCUCGUAUUCCCUUCGGCGUGCUCUACUCGCGUUUCGCCGGUCCAUGUCUGUAUAUGGGUUCGCGCCUGUUGAUGUCGCUGCUGUUCGCUUCACUGACAGUAUGGCAAGCCGCCCUCAUUUACUUCUGGGCAUCGCUCAUCGCUCUUGUCCUCUGCCCGUUCCUCUACAACCCUCACCAGUUUGCCUGGAACGACUUCUUCAUCGACUACCGCGAUUUCCUUCGGUGGCUGUCUCGCGGUAACUCCAGAACUCACUCGUCUUCGUGGAUCGCCUUCUGCCGCCUUUCGCGAACAAGAAUCACAGGUUACAAACGCAAGCAACUGGGUGACCCUACGGCCAAACUCUCCGCCGACGCUCCGCGUGCAGCUAUUACCAACGUGUUCUUCGGCGAGAUCGUCUCUCCCCUGUGCCUUGUGGCGGCAACCUUGAUCCCCUAUCUCUUCAUCAAUGCCCAGACGGGUGUCAUCGCCAACGAUCCCAGCGCCAAGCCCACCUCGUCUAUUAUCCGUGUCUGCAUCGUGGCAUUUGCCCCCAUCGGAAUCAAUGCCGGGCUUCUGUUCGGUCUUUUCGCCAUGGCCUGCUGCAUGGGUCCAGUGCUUAGUAUGUGCUGCAAGAAGUUUGGCAGUGUACUGGCUGGUAUUGCUCACGCCACAGCCGUCAUUAUGCUUAUUGUCUUCUUCGAGGUCAUGUUCUUCCUCGAAGGAUUCGACUUCACCAAGACACUCCUCGGCAUGAUCGCUGUCGUCGCGAUCCAACGAUUCAUCCUCAAACUCAUCGUCUCCCUCGCCCUCACACGUGAGUUCAAGACGGAUCAGUCCAACAUUGCGUUCUGGAAUGGCAAGUGGUAUUCUAUGGGCUGGCACUCCGUUUCCCAGCCAGCACGUGAAUUUCUAUGCAAGAUCACCGAGCUGAGCAUGUUCGCCGCCGAUUUCAUUCUUGGACACGUGAUCCUUUUCCUCAUGGCCCCCGUCAUUCUGGUCCCCAAGAUUGACCUCCUGCACUCGAUGAUGCUGUUCUGGCUGCGACCAAGCCGACAAAUCCGCCCGCCCAUCUACUCGAUGAAGCAGUCGAAGCUUCGAAGAAGACGUGUGGUUCGCUUCGCCAUCCUGUACUUUUCCCUGCUCGUCCUCUUCAUCGCCCUGAUUGUUGGACCUGUGGUGGCUGGCAAGCAGAUCCCCGCGAGCCUGACGUCCAGCAUCUCGGAUAGCCUGCCCCUACCGCUGUUUCAGCCUGCCCACCAGGACAAUGACAACACUAGAGGUCGUAAUGAGACGGGUACUGGUUCUGCAGGCUACUCGGGACCUGGCUUGGCGUCGAUGACGACGGCUUCUGGAGCGAAAUCCACAGAUACGUCUGAUACGAAAUUCCGAUUUCUAUGA